AUGUCUCUGCUUGCCCCUGCUGUCCUACCCUGCCCCCUCCCCGCUGCUACACUGACGGCAGCCGAGUCGCGCGAGCUCGAGCAGCGCAUGCAGAAGCAGCAGAUGAAAGUCUUCUUCGGCCGACCCCAAUCUAACCGUGUGUCCGCGCGCGCCCGCCUCCGACCGAACCAGCUCUUCAGCAACCUCGUCGACCACUGCUUCAUGUCGUGCAUCGACGACUUCACGUCCAAGUCGCUGUCGUCGCGCGAGAGCGGCUGCGUCGCCCGCUGCGUCCAGAAGCACAUGGCCCUGUCCCAGCGUCUUAGCGAGCGCUUCCAGGAGCACAACGCCCAGAUGACCCAGCAGCAGCAGCAGCAGGGCGGCGGCGGCCUCCGGUAA